UAUUAUAAUUUCUCAGUGAAUAUAAAUACAAAACCAAGUUCGUUAAAUCUUCAUUUUAUUCUAACAUAAGAAGGAAACUAUAUACAUAGUUCUAUUCUAUAUAGCAAUAUGUAUAUCAAUGAUUCUUUUUUCACUGCUUAAAUAUGUUCGAGAUUAAUAUCAACUUCGAUUUGAGUGAAAUGAUACGCUCGGAACACAAAAGAAUCGAUGAUGCCCUGGACAUAUGCGACUUGAUAACGAAGGACCUGAAUGACUGUCUGAGUGUUGUGAAUGCGAUGAGCCAAAAGUACAAUGCCCCAGGACGUUACAUCAUCUCCAUGGAACCUUUCACCGAGGACCAUCCGAUAUUUGGCGAUGAAUCCACUGAUAUUGAUGCUACGUCCAUUAAAAGUUGUGACUCCGAACUGGAGAUGUUGAGUCAGCUUUAUGGAGCCAGAAGUGCCCAGGAACUAGAUGAAUCCUAUGUAGAUGUUCGUUAUAAGUUUAUCAAAUUAAAGCGUGAUUUUGAAGCCACCAUGAUCCAUUGUCAGAGGAUUGUUGAUCAUGCAGAUCGUCAAGAGAAGAUCACUCAUCGAAUGCUGAAAAACUCAAGGACUAUGAAGAAGAAGUUAUGCCGUCACUAGGAAUGCUAAUUCUUUCAAACUAAACUAUUCCAUCAAACUCGGGGAGCGUGUGUAAAUUGCAAAUUGUGUCGACACUUGGCAGCUUUUAUUAAAAAUUACUGUCACCAUUA